GUCACCUAGUCCCUUCUCACGCUCUUUCUCGUUGGCAAUACGAGCAUCUUUGCUGUCGGAUUUGGUAUUGCGGAUAUCUAGCUUAGGGUCAGCAAUCCCUACUCUGGGUGCUUCGGUGUCGGAUUUUGAUCUGGCAUGACAGAUUUAGGUAUUGUAAGAAAAGUUGUGAACGGCGGAAGGUUGACUUACACUGGACGGUCCAUUUUGUAUCGUUGGCAGUUAUAAAUUUUGACAUGUUGGAACCUACUGUUGACUCUUAUUUAUACUUUAGACAAUGAUGCCAUUUUGAUGCCAUCGCUUAGCAUUUGGUGCUUCGCAUUUCAUUGUGUGGAUAUGUCACUAUGACUUCUAAAAUUGAAACACAGAAUGGCAGAAGUUCAUAUUUUAUUGCUCCGAGGCAUUUGAUGUGCUCUAAUGGGACUGACAUUUUCGCGACGCCAGCCUGUCUAUUUGGAGUGGUUUUAAACAUAAGCCUUCGGAUUCCAUUGCUGAUUAAUCUAAUACACCAUGACCGUUUUCUUUGAUGACAUAUUAACAGACGUUGAUUAUGCUCGGUUCCACUUUCCAUUGAUCUCACAUG